UAAAAAUGUCCUUGUGCUGAAGUACUAUUAUGAAUUUUCAUUUUAAUGUUACGGGAUAAUGUUAUCUGGGAAAUAUAAAGGAUCCACUAAAUCAAUAGAUCACUUUCCUGUAAAUUCUAAUCGACCAAAGUUAACGAAAUCCUGGAGUUUCAAAGACAGUAUUUUGGCUCUUAGAUUUGGUCGAACAUCACUUUCAGAAACACAAGAAUCUCAGUAUGUUUCACCCAAAUUAUAUCAAUUGGAGGAUCAGUUUUAUCAUCCUGCAUCUAAGUGCGAUGUAUGGCGUGCCCUGUGUCCUCAAGAGUUGCCUGAUUCUGCUGUGUAUCUUACAAAGCCAGUGUGCAAUCUCUCUAACGAAGUCUUUGCUUCAGUCACAGGUCCAAAGAAAGGUUUAGUUGCUGCAAACAAAUGGCGCAAGUCUAAAAUAAAUGCUAGUGAAAUUCAUCCUGGUAAUUGGGAAGUGAUGGAAAAUCGUAAAGCGCAUGGACUGUCAGUAUCUUUGUAUGAAAAGAAUUUGGUGACUGGUAAAACUAACGGUGAUCCAAUUGCAGACGCAUUUGUUGUAAGAGCUCGACAUGAUUCUGCAUACUUGGCAGUUGCUGAUGGAGUCAACUGGGGCACUGAAUCAAUGAAAGCAGCAAGAUCAGCAGUGUCAGCUAUUUAUGCCUACUUGGAAUGUCAUCUAUUCGGUAGUAUGAAAGAUAAACACGAGAUAAGAGAUACAAGAGAUGCUGCUCAACUAUUAUUCGAAGCAUUUUCUUAUGCUCAAGAAGAAAUUGUCUCAGUUACUACUGGUUUAACAACACUUUGCGUUGCAUUAAUACUGCCUGUAUUACCAAAACAAAUGGUAAAUAAUUCGAAUCCAGUAUACGAUGAAACUGCUUCACCAGUUGGAAGAUCUCAAUUUGCUGUAAUUAUAGCAAGUGUUGGAGAUUGUCAAGCAUUUCUUUUGAGUAAAUUUCAUGGUAUACGUGAAAUUACCGGUUGGACACGCGCAGUUUUAUCGUCUUCAGACGAUUUAAACACAGAGUCGAAUGGAUUGAAUAAAUCAAACAAGAUUAGUGAACCACCACCACCACCUGCAAGAGAUUUUCGAGAUACUGGUGGAGCACUAGGCGCUGUAUACAAGAAUGGUAAACCAGAAUUGAAUAAUCUCAUAUGUGCUGUGACACUUUGUGAUCCAGGCGAUAUUGUCCUACUAGGAUCUGAUGGCCUAGUCGAUAACUUUGAUCCAGUGAUUACACGAUUAGCUGUUCCAGAAUCACCACAUUUAGAUUUUGUCGACGAAGAAGAAGAAGAAGCAGCAGUUGAAGACCAAGGUGAAGAACACCAAGAACACGAAGACGUUUCUCCAACUGAUGAUCUCGGAGUCAUUCAUAUUAGCAACAGCAGCUCUGCUAAAAGUACCUCCUCAUCUGAUUCUAGUAAAUCACCUACUUCACCAUUAUGGCGUCCAUCUAAAUCAUGGUUAAAUAAUUCAUCAAUAACUCCACCGCCUCAAGUAAGUAUUUGGCCCCAGCCUCCACCACCGCCAACAACUGAUCCAAUUAAAUUAUUCUAUCCAAAUCUUACAAGCGUUAAUCAUCCCACUGAUAAUGAAACCAAUACAAUCUGUGCUCAACAAAUUAACUUUACUAAUCAACUCGAAUUGAACUGGUAUGAACGUCGAAGGUAUGCUGCAAAAGAACUUGAACGUGUCUGGCAUGAAUUAGAUAUUAGUACAGAGAUGCAUAAAACUCCACAGGUAUCAGAUGGUAUAUUUAGUUCAAAAGAUCUGUGUGAAGCAUUAAUUAACUAUGCCUAUCAUAUUACAGCGAAAAGACGUGAAUGGUUAGAGAAUCCCCAAUAUGCACAUUUAAGGCAGAGUCAAACAACAUCUCAUAGUAAUAGUGAAAAUCAUAAUAAAAACAUUAGUAAUAGUAACAAUAAUAAUGAUGAUGAUGAUGAUGUUAAUAAUAAAUCUUGUAAUGAUAAUAAUGGUUAUUCAUUCGAUACACAAAAGAAAUGGUUUACUGAUAUGCUUAAACGUAUGCCAGGUAAACUAGAUCACGCGACAGUGGUCGCCUAUGAAGUAGGCGUGUAUCGUGGGAAUGAAAAUGAAGUAUAUGAAGAGACAGCACAUCGAUAUCAUACACCGAUGACAUUGAAUUCACCAGUGCAUAAUUCAGCGAUUCCUUCAGAGGUAAAAUAAUUUUUAAAAAAACUCUUUGUUCAUGUUUGUACAGGAAUAACUUCAGAGAAAUACAUUCACACUUCCAUUAUUCUUCUUCGUAUUUUUCCGUGAUAUUUCGCCGUGAUCAUAUUGUUUAUUUUCAGUUUACAAUCACCUCAUGUAUAGAUAGAUCCUUUCUCUUUUCAGCCAUCUCUUUUUCAUUCUUGAAUAUACACAGAUAAUAAUCCUAUUUUAUAGUAUGAUAAUACGAGAACAGUAAUAUUUAUUAUUCAGGACUUUUUUUUAUUUACAUCACUAAAAGUACGUACACACAUGUACAUAUAUAUAUAUUUAUCCAUCAAUAGGAUGCUUAAAAUGCGCGCUUCGUCAAUAUUCAAUGUUUCAAUAUUUUUUAACACUUAUAGCAUAACGUUAUUUAUUACUAUUUAUUUCUAAAGAAAAGAAAACGUGUCACAUAUGUAUUUCUGGAAAAAAAACAAACGAAAUAUUUCUGUUUUCAUUCUUUUUUGUUUUUAAAACAAAAUUUAUUUAUUCAUGU